GAUUUUGUUUUCAUCGGUUUGACUUGUGUGUCUAAUAGACAGUAGCAUCUUGAAUUUGCAUUUAUUAGAUUGUGUGGUUAGAAGAAAGGGUUUUGAGGUGUCAAAAUGGAUUCCGGGACGCAGCCACCAGAGACGGGGAAGCCGGCACCUGAUCCGUCGCCUAUAAUCAAAAAAAUCCUCGGUAUCGUGAUCGAUUUGCAUGAGCAAGUGAAUAAAGAAGCUGUUUUAAGGACGACUAGGAGCGCUGGUGCUGAGCUCAGUCAAGUGACUACUACUAACCAUCCAGAGCCUGUUCUGAACAGGAUUUUAACUCUUCCUAAUAUGAGUAAAAAAUUAGAAGGCCCGGACGAUCAUCAUAUUCCUAAGCUGCAACGUAAUCUUCGUUUGCUCAAGGAAGACGUGGUUAAGCUGCAAGAUCUUCGCACCGAAGUUGCAGAAGAGGUGUUGAAACAUAUUCGUCCACUUGAAUUGCUGCUUGAUAAAGUGGAAAAAGGGGAGAAGGACCCUUCGAAACCCCCCUUGACCUUAGGUAUGAAGAAAGACUUGGACGAUAUCAACAAGAAGAUCUUUAACUUGAUGUGUCAAGUCCCCUUGUUGCCCAACAAGCGUAAAAAUGCCAAAGGAUCAGAUGCUGACGACGGUGAGGGGGAUAAUAACGGCAAAGGAAUUGUUUGCCUUCCCGGGAUCCAUGCUAAUAAAGAAGAUCUUAAAAGACGCGCGGUUUUCAGAUAUGUACUAGGCGAAUUCGAGGAACUCAGUGAUCAACAGAAGUUCUGCCUGCUGAGCUUUGCUGUCUUCCCUGAAAAUCAAGAGGUGAAUAGAACGAUGCUGAUGUAUUGGUGGAUGGGGGAGGGCAUUCUGAGUUCUAAAGACAUACCAUCCGAAAAGGGCAUUCUCAAACCCGAAGAUGUUGUGAAGGACAUUCUUGAUGAUUUCAAGGAUAGAAACUUGAUUGAACCUGUUGAAAUCAAACGCAAAGAGAAGCCAAAUAGCUAUAAGAUGGCCCCUUUUGUGCAUUCUUCAGUGGUUCUUAUCUCCAAGGAGAUAGGGCUAUUUGAUAUGUAUGAUAAAAAAGAGAAGCCAACCAUGAAACAAUCAGGACUGCACAAGGUAUGCCUUGUGGAAGGGUCGUCAAGCCAGCAAGAAGCAAAAGCUAAAAAAAUGGCAGAUGUAGAUCAGAUUGAAACCGUGUUCAAUAUUUCUGAGAGGUUUCCGGAUUUCACAUUCAAGUGGUUUUUCGAGGAUAAACCAACACGAAAUAAGCUGACUCUAUCAAAAGCUACGUAUCCAAAGCUCAAGGUUUUAUAUCUGGGAAGAUGGGAGAGAACUGCUAAGCGCCACAUUGAGGUGGAGAAUCCAGAGCUUAUGAAAAACUUGAAGCAUAUGAUUAAACUCAAGCUUCUGAGUUUUCAAGGGAUCUCAAGAAUUGAAAGACUUGACAAUGCUGUCUGUAAGCUUCGUGAGCUGAUCAUCUUGGACCUCAGAGCUUGCUAUAAUCUUGAGAAACUUCCAGACAAGAUAGAUUCACUCAAGGCGCUUAUCUACUUGGACAUUACAGAUUGCUACAUGAUAGAUCGCAUGCCCAAGAGGUUGUCGUGGCUGGAUAACUUGGAGGUUCUCAAGGGCUUUGUGGUCAGUGAUGCUAUUGAUGAUGAGACUGUCUGCACACUGGCUGAGUUGGUGGAAUUGAAGAAGCUGAGAAAGCUAAGUAUUUCAAUAAACCAAGAAGAUUUCAGCAUAGUUGAUGUGUUCGUGGCUGUAAAGAAUUUCAAAAAACUCGAAAAGUUGAAAGUGGCGUGGGGAGGUAUAAAUAAACAUCCUCAGGACAAAGGCGUAGAUGGAGAAAAGGGGGACCGAAAGGUUAAGCCAAAGGAGGAGGAAAACGACAAUGCAAUUGCUGCUGCAGAGAAAAAGAAACCGACCCUUUUGGAAAGAACGGCGACCUAUUUGCAUAGGGAGAAAAGUCGCACAGAGCCAGAGCUUCCCAUGACAUUGAAGAAACUGGACCUGCAGUGUUUUCCUGGUGAACUUCUUCCUGAAUGGCUUGAGCCUAAUAAUCUACGUAAUGUGGAAAAACUCUACAUUAAAGGAGGAACCGAACUUACUGGAUUUGGAAAGCCACUACCUAUCGAGGAAACGCACUGCAAAGUUACCGUUUUACGACUGAAGUUUCUUCCAAAACUAAAAGUGGAGUGGAGGGAUCUGAGCAAAAGGUACUUUCCAAAACUGAAGUUCUUGGAGAAGUAUCAGUGCCCUCAAGUUAGUCUCUGCCCCUGCGAUGGAAUUGGAAUCUGGCGCAAGCCUGAAGAAAAUGAAGUCUAAAGCAACUCAGAACUGAGAGUUUUUCGGGUUUAUCAAGUUUUCUUCUUCGUUGUCUUUCCUUUUUGUUGUUGUUGUUUUUGUUGUUGUUGUUGUUGUGUGUUUGCUUCCUCAUUUUCCAUUGAUGUCUUUCUGGUCUUGCGUGCAAGUGUUGUUGUUUGUGAACAGUUGAAUAAAAGAAAUUGGGUUGU